AUGAACUUGUCACCUCGUAUUAUCUCCCCUUUAGCUUCCAAUUUACUCACAAAAACUUCCCAUUUCUUCAUUCAACUCCACCAAAAUCCAUAUUCAACUCAUUCACUCCAAACACUUCAAGAUUCCCCCAAUUCCAACAACCCCAUCAUCACUUCUAUAUGUAAUUCACUACGCAGAGGAGAAAAUUGGGAAGUCUUAACAAAAAAGUUUCAAUCUUUUCACUUCACUGACCCAAUUGUUCAAGAAGUGCUCAUACAGCUCAAAGAACCUCAUGAUGCAAAAAAUGCCCUCACUUUCUUCCAUUGGUCAGCAAAAAGUUCUAAUUCUCGACAUGGGGUUUUUAUUUAUUGCAUUAUAAUUCAUAUUCUUGCUAAAUCUAAGCUUGUUAGACAUGCCAAUGCGUUGAUUGAAUCUGUUUUGAGGAAAGAAUCAGGGGUUGGUGAAAAUGUGAUUGGUGUUCUUGAUUGUUUAAUUGGAAGUUAUAAAUUAGCUGACUCCUGUUCGUUUGUGUUUGAUUUGUUUGUGCAAUGUUGUGCUAAGUUGAGAAUGGUAGAUAAGGGUCUGGAUGUUUGUAAAUUGUUGGAUGAAAAUGGUUUUAGGCUUAGUGUAAUUAGUUAUAAUACUCUGCUACAUGUCGUGCAAAAGUCGGAAAAGACUUCUAUGGUUUGGGGUAUAUAUGAGUAUAUGAUUGAGAAAAGGAUAUACCCGAAUGAAAUGACAACUAGAAUUAUGAUUAGUGCUUUGUGCAAAGAAGGGAGGUUACAGAGAUUUUUGGAUGUUGUGGAGAAAAGUCAUGGAAAAAGAUGUCAACCUGGGGUUGUUGUGAAUACGUGUUUGAUAUAUGGGAUGAUUGAGGAGGGUAGAAUUGAAGACGGGUUGAGGUUGAUGAGGAGAAUGUUGCAAAAGAACAUGAUACUUGAUACAAUUUCUUGUUCAUUGAUCGUUCUUGCAAAGGUGAAGAUGAGAGAUCUGGAGUCUGCUUGGAGGGUUUAUGAUGAAUUGCUUAGGCGGGGUUUUGAAGGGAAUGCACUGGUGUACGAUUCGUUCAUUGGGGCGUAUUGUGAGGAGAAGCGGAUAGAUGAAGCGAUUAAGUUGAUGGACGAAAUGGAGUGUUUGAAUAUGAAACCAUUUGGUGAAACAUUUAAUCACCUGAUUAAGGUUUGUUCAGAAGUGGGAAGAUUAGAAGAAAGCUUGAAAUUUUGUGAUAAAAUGACAGGAAAUGGGCUCCUUCCUAGUUGUUUAUCUUUUAACAAGCUUGUUGCCAAGCUUUGUGAAAAUGGAAGUGCAAAGUUUGCUGAUAAGCUAUUGACUACUCUGAUGGAUAAGGGUUUCAUUCCAGAUCAAAGCAUCUAUAGUUACCUCAUUGCCGGUUAUGCCAACGUCGAUCUCUCCUAA